GCAGGCAGCGGGUGUUGGAUGUACCCCUGCUGCGGUGCUUGGAUAAAAAUUAAACAAAGAAAAGUACUUUUUGUUUCAGAAUGAAAACUGUUACUCAGAAGGUUGCUUGAAUUUGGUGAGAAUGGCCGCUGCAUGUCCGCAUGUCUAACCGAUGCAACCGAAACAUUCAGCUAGCUAGCUAAGCUAACAGAAACAGAACACUAUCGACGCUAGCAACUGCUAAGACUUACAUUUGGCUAAAAUAGGCUAACGUAGCUAGCUGGUAAUAUAGCUAGUUCGCUAGCUCGCCGAUUCCAGGACGUUUGCUCUUCCAAGUCAUCACACAGUCCAGCGGUUCCUGUCCCGGUCUCGGUUUUUCGUGUUUUCAUUUUACGCAGGAAGUUGCGGAACCGGAGCUGUGGCGGGGAGACGUGCGGAUAGGAACCCCCUGGCUGUCCAGGCGGACGCAUCAUAGUGACACGCCGGUCGUGGGAGAGAUCAGAAUAGAACCAUGGCUGAACUCUCCACCUUAUCCCCAUCACCACCUGCACUGGGUGAUCCUCAUACAGCUCCAACCAUCCCUCCGUCCUCAUCGGCGCCCCCUGCUCCCAACAUCCCUCCUCCAGAGUCUGUCAGGGAGAAACCCAUACCCAAGUCUUCCCUCUACAAUGAUAAAGCUUUGACUGCAAACUCUCCUCCAGCACAGUCAGGGGCUUCACCCUUGACUCCCCACUCACCCUCAAGUCCUCCUAAACACACUGCUGAGACCCCACUCACAUUACUGGUACACGAGCCUGCUCCAGAGGGAGAGGAUUCAGUUGGGAAAGAUGCAGAGACUGGAGCUCAUGUUAUUAAACAGGAGACAAUGACCGGUGACCCAGCAGGACUCCAGAGUUCUGAAACAGAGACCCCACCACUGUCAAGUGAGCCAGCUGCUCAGAGUGAAGUUCAGCUAGCAUCCCCCUCUCCUGAGCUAAAUUCUGGACCUAAUCUCUACCCUAAUGUGCAUGUCACCCACAAUCCAAAUCCUGUCAUGUAUGAUGGUCAAUUUACAGCGGGCCAGCCCCAAGCCGCUGCAACAUCCAAUCCCAUGUCUGCUCCUUCGGCAUCCACUGAUACAGCAGCAUCAGCAACAGCUGAAGAGGAGAAACCUCAGCCACUUCAAGAAGCACAAAACCCUCAAAGUGAGCCUCCUCCUCUCUCCCCAAAGCCUGACACUCCCAGUGAAGCAAGAAAAGCAGAACUGCCCAGCACCCCCACCAGAGCGGAACACCCUAGCCCUACUGUCCCACUGAUUCAUGAGCCAGCCUCUGCUCUCCAUCUGCCCAACCCCAACCCCCGGCCGGCCCCUGACACCCUCAGCUACCUAGAGUCAGCCAGCCUAAUGUCGGGGACGUUGGAGUCUCUAUCUGGGCUGGGAGAGGAUGGCAGCUCUGUGGGCUCAGACUCAGAGAUCAAUGGCCUGGCUGUCAGACGCACUGAUAAAUAUGGCUUCCUAGGUGGUAAUCAGUACAGUGAAAGCAGUGAAAAGGAAGUUCGAGUUGAAGUUGCCCGACAGAGGGAGGUAAAAUGGCUUGACAUGUUCUACAACUGGGAUAAGUGGAUCAAACAUCGCUUCCAGAAGGUGAAAUUGCGCUGCAGGAAGGGGAUUCCGUCUUCUCUCAGAUCCAAAGCUUGGCAGAUGCUGUCCAACAGCCAAGAGCUCCUAGAAGCCAACCCUGGAAAAUUUGAGGAGCUGGAGAGAGAGCAGGGAGAAGCUAAAUGGCUGGACAUCAUAGAGAAGGACCUCCACAGACAGUUCCCCUUCCAUGAAAUGUUUGCUGCUCGUGGUGGCCAUGGGCAACAGGAUCUGUACCGGAUCCUGAAGGCCUACACCAUCUACCGGCCUGAUGAGGGCUACUGCCAGGCCCAGGCUCCAGUGGCUGCAGUGCUGCUCAUGCAUAUGCCUGCUGAGCAAGCUUUUUGGUGCCUCGUCCAGAUAUGCGAGAAGUACCUUCCUGGCUACUACAGCGCUGGACUGGAAGCAAUCCAGCUGGAUGGCGAGAUCUUCUUCUCCCUGUUGCGGCGUACGUGUCCGAUGGCAUACCGUCAUCUUAAGAAGUUCAAGAUUGACCCGAUUCUCUACAUGACUGAGUGGUUCAUGUGCAUCUUCUCACGCACUUUACCAUGGGCCAGUGUGCUGCGUGUAUGGGACAUGUUCUUCUGUGAAGGGGUGAAGAUUGUGUUUCGUGUGGGCCUGGUGCUACUGAAACAGAUGCUUGGCUCUGUUGAUAAACUUCGGGAACUACAGGGCAUGUAUGAAACCAUGGAGCGUCUAAGGAGCAUCUCACCUGACACUAUCAGAGAGGACAUAUUGGUACAGGAGAUUAUCACGCUCCCGGUGACGGAGGCGCUCAUAGAGAGGGAGUGCAGCAUCCAGGUGAGGAAGUGGAGGGAGUCCAGAGGGGAGCUGACGCACCAGCCAGGCCGCCGCCUCCAUGGCACGAGGGCCAUCUUCGAGCACAAGCGCCGUGCCACUGCCAUCAGCUCCGGUGGCAGCUUCUCUUUCCUGGGAAGCCCGAUCCCUCCCCCAGGACCCCUCAGGGCUUCCUCCAGCCUCCUCUCACUCCCUGGCUUCCGCAAGUCCAAGGCUCCUUUCCACUCCCAAACCAAGAAGGGCUCCUUCUCGGGGCUGUCAGGAAUGGAGGGCCUGCUGCCUCAGUCCCCACCUGCAGGAAUAUCAAGCCCGGGACGAGGCCCCAGCCAUAAGCCACCCAUUCCUCCAGGGGCAGGUCAGAGGGCACCAGCACCCCACAUUCAAAGUCCCUUAGUUGGGAGUGCACCUGGCUCAUCAUGUGGGUCUGCUCAGACCUCAGAAGGCACCUCAGCACAGGGCCAGCCUGCUGCUUCGGCCCCAACACAAAGCACAGCACCACCACCCACCACUCUAGCCCCCUCCCCUAAGAUUGUCUCUGAGCAAAUUACUCCCACUAUCCCCUCUCCUACUGCCAACAAUGCCCCUCUGCCGCCAUGUCCAGAUUCCAAAAAAGAACCGGCACCAGCAGCUGAUGCCACAACGGGAGAGGAAGAGGGAAGGAAGAAGAAGAGGAGCAAAGAAGACAAGAAGAAGGAAAAGGAAGAUGAGAAGAAAAAACUGAAGGAAAAGAAAGAAAAGGAAAAGGCUGAAAAAGAGAGGCUCAGGAAGGAGAAAGAGAGGCUAGAAAAAGAGAAGAAGAAAGGGGGGAAGAAAAAGGACAAAGGGGGAGGAGAAGCUGAGGACAAAAACGGAGCUACAGCAGCGAGAGAUUCGGCCUAGUUUGCCACCCUGUCAUUCCAGGAUAAUGAAAAGGGACGCUUAACAAAAAAAGAGGUCAGGGGAACAAAAGACCCCCAGAAACGGAGAGUGAGUAAUAAAAAAAAAAAUAAAAAAAAAAUGGGAUGGCUUCCUGUAUACCGCAUCAUGUUGAAGACUUUAUGUAGCCUCACGACCAUGGUGGAGAAAACUGGAUCUUGGUUUUAAUAGCACCUCGAGGGGGGCUUCUUGCCCCUCACUCAAUGCUUUCUUUUUCUAGUAAGAUGGGACAGAUUUCCUUUUUCAACUGGAGCAUGGACCGUGAAUCUGAAUACUUUUUCAGAAGAUCACAGUCAUUAUCUCUUUUAGUUUUUUUAAUUCUUUUUUUUUUGUUGCUUUUUAAAAAAAUUAUUUUAAUCAGAUUGAUGGCAGCGGUUAGAGAAACAUCGACUCAAGGGAUUGUUGAACUGAAGGUGUGCAGAAACAGCGAUGGUGCCAUAGAGUAUGUAAAUAAAAGGUCUACCUACAGUACAUAGGAGCCUGUUAGCACUCCACAUGCCGCAUCAUUUCUCAUCUGUGGACAGGUUAUCUGGAUGCCUGGAACAAAAAGAAAAGAAAACCCUUCAAAGUCAUCUCAAACGCAGGCACUGAAGGCAGAAAUGCUAGUAAUGUUGUUGAGGAUGUAUUUAUUGUCAUGUUAAAUGUUGUGAGUGAGUGUGUGCCUUAGUAGUGUAGUGAAAUGUGUUCCUGUUCUGUGUGUGCUCUCCCUGUUUUCAGUCUGCCUGCCUUUUUUUUUUUUUUCCUCCAGUCAAGCCAACAUUGAAUCGUGUGUGUGGUUUUCUCCUAAUUCCUCUGUCAUUGGAAUUAAUCUGAAGAGGAAGAUCGAGGGAUAUCCACAGAUGAAGAGAGGGAGAAAAUGAAAAAUCCAACCAGACACCAUGCAGUGGUGCAUGGUGUCUGGUUCGUUUGUGUGCGUUUGACACACUGGGAGCUUUUAUUGUUUUCAGGCCUCAAUUAAAAUUUUAUGUGUCUGAGGCUGAUUUUUGCAGAAGUCAGGCACAGCAUUAUUGAUAAACGGGCCAUGUGAAAAACCCAGCAGUGACCGUGCACAAGCCCUGCAGACCAAAUGUCCAUCUGUAAAAUUAGUAUUUUGCUUUUGACAAACAAAAUCCAACACAUGUAUUUUAUUUAGCCAAAUUUCAGUGUGGGUGAGGACUUGCGUUCAUUAGCCCAUUAGAAUGUGAUUUCAAGUAUCUUAAGAGAAUGAAGGAUGAUUUUUGCACUUGUGAUUUUGUCACAAAGCACCACUGAAGUUGACCACUCCGAUAGUGUAGUGAAGUAGAAAACCAGAGUCUCAACAGGCCGGUUUCAUGGUUUGAAAUCUGGGCCUUGAGGACCUAUAGGAAGCCACUUGACUGGAGGUGCCAGGUGUGCCAAUGUAGCAUUAACCUCUGAUCUUUGACCUUCGGUCUCUGAUGUAUUUAUGUACAAAGUGGUUAAUUUAAUCAAAUAUAGUAUAUUAUGAAUUAUUAUUAUAAUUAUUAUUAUUUUGGAUCUGACUAUUUUUCUAUGUGACACCUGGUUGACUGGAACGAUGGCUGACUACACUCAGUGUAGUUGCAGGGGGAUCAUUUUAGUGUUUAUUUUUAAUUUCUUUUUUUUUUUUUUCUUUGCACGCUAAGUCCUCCGCUUUGACACAAAAAACUCGAUGCAUGUCUUUGCUAUUAUUUAAGUUUACUGUCAUUGUUAGUUCAGUCAACUCUAGGUUCACGAGUCUCCAGUUUACUGAAGUGCAGUAUUAAACAGACUUGAGUGGAAAAAUGGGCCUCCGACAGAACAAACAGUGAGAUGAGUGACUCAGACAGACGUUUUGGGAGUUGAAGGUCUUAAUCGUACUGUAUAAUAUACUAUGAGGUGAUUUAUGAGCUUUGAAUAGUUCUUUAAUUCGAGAUCUUAAGUGUGUCUGUCUCACCAAGUUGUGUUGUAACAUUCAUAAAGACUUAUGGACUAACUCCCUAACCUAUUUACACUCAGUGUUCUGUACUGUAAAAUAUUUAUGCAUACAUUAAACUGCACUGAACCCCAUCAGUAUAUGAUGAGUAGUGCCAGGUAGUUAGUGUAAAAACCAUUUGAUGGCAAAAAACAUAGAUGCUCUUUAACUGUACUGUUUUUGUAGUUAAGGAUUAGAGGGACUUCGUGUAAUUAUAGCCAACAUGUCCUCAUAUUCACUGUUUUUCACUUAUUUCAGGUCUUUACAUGGCUGCCAUUUGAACAUAUAAUGAUCACACACUCCCUCCCUCCUCUGUUUUGACACCAGUGCAUUUAUAGGCACAGAUUAGUGUAGUGUUACUGAGGAGAAACUGAACACAUCUAUGCAAACCAUCCUCCAUCAUGACUGUUGAUAGUGUGUGGUGAUAGCAGCACUGAUCACGGCGAGCGGAUCGGUGCCAUGGAAAAAUGAAAUUUGUGCUUCAGUAGGUCUUCUGAGCACACUUUCAGGCCUGUGGGCCACAACAUUUUAUGAGCAAUACGUCCUUGCAGCUCAUGUCUUGGUGAUAAUGUAAUUUCUCUGUUCAGAGGGCUAAAGAUGUCGUGAUCAAACUAACUUCUUGUUACCUUGUGAUAUCCCCCUGUGGAAUCAACACUUACCUCUGCAAUACUGAGAACGAAUCAAGGAAUCCAUUUCUACAGGUCCUUUGAGCAUUUCUGCAUUGAUCCUGAAAACACCGUUCUUGAUUACAUUUGAUUGGGAAUGACCCCACUGAUGCAAAUAUUUCAAGUUUCAGCUGUUUUUCUCCCCGUUGCCGUUACGUCUUUUGUGUUUUUAAGUUUACAUGUCACUCUCUCUGGCGGAAGUGAAAUAAAAUCAUAGCUAAUUGAAUUCAUUCCUGCAGAUCUUCAACUGAUGUAUUUAAUUGAUGAAAAUGACAUUUGUGAUGAGUAAUAAACCAUAAUAUAUU